AUGGAAAAGUCAAGUUAUGAUAUUGAGAAAGUGUAUAAAGAAAUUGGUACGAUCGAUAGCUAUUUUGGUGUGAAGAAGGAAAAUGGAAAAACAUCUCUAUAUUAUAAUGAAUUAAUCCACAAAUAUUGUAAUUAUAGUAUUACCUCAGGAACAGGUGGUUGUGACGUUUAUUUUCAAUGGGCUAAUUGUGGUUUUAUUUAUUUGCUAAAAUUGUUAAAGGAUAAGUAUAAUUUAGAUUAUGAUAAACUUGCCCAAUACGCUAUUUUAUGGUUAAGUUAUAAACUAAAUACAGCGCCAGAUGGAUGUAACAUUAAUUUAGUCAAAUUUUAUACUGAAUAUAUAGAAAAAAAUUAUUAUUAUAAUGAGAAAAUAAAAGAUAAUGGUAGUACGACUUAUAAGGGUAUUAUAGAUAAAAAAAAAGAUUUUAUGAAUAUUAAAGAAAUACCUAAAUUUAAUGCCCUAUUUUUUAUAUUAUUUUCAUCAUAUCAUUUCAUUUAUGAUAAUAAUUUCGAUUGCACAGUAUAUUUGAACUUUGUUAAUCAAUUUGUUCAAUAUUUUCAAGAACUCAAUAAUGAUUCUAAGAAUAUAGAAAAAAGUUCAUUUAGUCAAAUAUUGUCUACAUUAUCAAAUGAUUAUAAAAAUUUAAAAAAUAUAUGUGAUAAUGAUAAAUCUUGCAAAAUUCCACCUAUUCCACAAUUAAACCCCAAAAAAAUUAAUGCAUUAAGUCCUGAAUCUACAUCAUCAAGUUCGUCGAUAUUAAACAUAGUAAUCCCAGGUUUAUCGACAUUUGCAAUACCGGUUUUCUUGGUAGUUGCUUAUAAGACAUUAUUUAAGAAACAAAUUAAAAAAAAUAAAGAAGAAAAUGAAACUUAA